AUGACAAGUUCCCCCGAAAAACGCCAACCGCUCCCGAAGCAACCACUGUCGAAACCGAAAUUGCAUUCUCGGCCUUUAAACCCCUCUGCCCAUGUGGCAGAUCUCCAGCUGAAAUCUGCCAAGUUAGCUGCUCAGGGCUCCGAAGGUGGAAAUGCAGAGGAGGAAGAGGAAAUACCAGUCAUCGAAUUUGAUUCUUCGAAGGCCCCACAACCGUUUUUGGAAGGGGAGGACGCAUUGGAAAGGGCGGAGGAUGCGUUUGCUCGGACGUUCAGGGUCUUGGGAGAACAACGGAGCCAUCCGUCGAUCCAUUAG